AUGGUGAUAUAUAAUGCCACCAAGAGCCAUGUUACAGAGUUCAUACUUACUGGAUCUCCAAGCCUUCAGGUUUACCAGGAUACAGCUUUUGUUGGCUUUCUGAUUCUGUAUCUAAUAGUACUUACUGGAAAUGCUUCUCUUAUUAUUGCUGUGGUAACAGAUCGUAAUCUUCACAGACCAAUGUACUAUUUUAUUGCAAACCUGGCUAUUUUAGAUAUAAUCUUUACAACAACAACUGUUCCAAAGAUUUUGUUAAUAUUUCUUCAAAAAGAAAAUUCAAUUUCUUUCACAGCAUGCUUUUUACAAAUCGUUUCUUACUAUACUGUGGGAGUUUAUGAAUCUCUUCUUCUUCUUGUGAUGUCGUUUGACCGCUAUGUUGCAAUCUGUAAUCCAUUAAAAUAUAUGUCCAUAAUUACCAAGAAGUUUUGUUGUCAAGCAACAGUAGUAUGCUGUAUUUUGUCUUUUUUGUUAAUAGUAUCACAGGCUAUCAUUACAGCAGAGUUUCCAUUUUGUGGAGAGAACAAAAUCGGUCAGUUGUUUUGUGAUUACUAUUUCAUAAUCGGAUUGAUUUGUGCUGAUACAUAUGCUAUUACAUUAUGUGCAACAUGUGGGUCCAUUGUAUCUGCCUGCAUACCUUUUUCUUUAGUGUUGUAUUCUUAUAUUAAGAUCUUCAAAUCUGUGAUAAAGGUCAGUUCUGCAGAAAAUCAUCAUAAAGCUAUGUCUACAUGCAUUUCUCAUUUACUUGUUGUAAUAAUAUUUUAUCUAUCAAUUAUUGUAGGAUACAUUGCAAACAAUGCAGACAAUGAUUCUGGUGAAUUUCGUGCAAUCACCUUUAUUUUUCAUGGUAUUAUAGCCCCAGCAUUAAAUCCCAUUAUAUAUGCUUUACGAAAUAAGGAGGUCAGAAAAGCACUCAAGAAGUUUGUUGUUCGUUAUAGUCUAGUGGAAGGAAUAGCAAACAGGAAAUGA